AUGGUUUUCGGAUUUGGUAAAGACGACGAUAAAGAUUCUUCAAGAAGAAGUGGAAACAAUAAUGAUGAUUCAUAUGGAUCAUCAAAUUAUGAUGAUUCAACCACUCAAAGAAGAAACAAAGAUAAUGAUAAUUCAUAUGGUUCUUCAUCACUGAAUACUUAUGGUGAUUCAAAUUAUGGUUCAAGUAAUACUAAUGAUGAUAAUUAUGGUGGUUCUUCUAAUAAAAAAGGAGAUUCUUAUGGUUCAUCAUCUUAUGGUCAAGAUAAUGAUGAUUCAUAUGGUUCAUCAAAUAAAAAAUCUUCAUAUGGUGAUUCAAAUGAUGAUUCUUAUGGUUCAUCAAAUAGAAAAAGUGGUAAUGACAAUUAUGGUUCGUCAUCAUCAAAUACUUAUGGUGAUUCAAAUGAUGAUUCUUAUGGUUCAUCAAAUAGAAGAGGUGGUAAUGACAAUUAUGGUUCAUCAACAUCAAAUACUUAUGGUGAUUCAAAUGAUGAUUCUUAUGGUUCAUCAAAUAGAAGAGGUGGUAAUGAUAAUUAUGGUUCAUCAACAUCAAAUACUUAUGGUCAAGAUAAUGAUGAUUCUUAUGGUUCAUCAAAUAAAAAAUCAUCUUAUGGAAAUGAUAAUGAUGAUUCUUAUGGUUCAAAUUCUUCAAAUAGAAGAGGUGGUAAUGAUUCAUAUGGAUCUUCAUCUUAUGGCCAAGAUGAUAAUGAUGAUUCUUAUGAAUCUUCAAAUAGAAGAGGUAACGAUUCUUCAGAUUAUUAA